GAUUGGCCUGCUGCGCUUUGUGAUGUUAUUCAUGUGAGAGUGUGUGUGUGUGUGUGUGUGUGUGUGUGUGUGUGUGUGUGUGUGUGUGUAUGCGCAUGCUGAUGUGAUGUGAGGACUUUGUGAAGAUCCGACUGUCAUGCAGCGGUGUAAAGCUCUGGGUGUGUGAGAGCAAUGCGCAAUAGCAACCAUAGCCAGUCUUAUAGUAAGUCACCGAGCAUGACGCGCCGGAGCGCCUUUACGCAGGCAGGAUGUCCACAGUUUGCGAAUAAUUACACCAACCAGCAAUAUUUCGGAGAGAAAAUAAGUAUGCUUUAGUGCUUUCCUGUUGUCAUAUUUUGGAUACAAACACAGGCCUACAAAGUGGAAGUGGGUUGAGAGAAGAGCAGCCACGUUCUUCAGAGAAGCAGCGAUGGAGGAAGAGCGGGACUUGAACAGCACGGAUAGCAGCGAGGGAGAGAGCGUCUCCCCCUCUCCCAGCUUGCCCUCGCCGCCCCUGCUGCCUCUGCAGGUCGCCCAGCAGGCCCACAGAACCACCAACUUUUUCAUCGACAACAUUUUGCGGCCGGACUUCGGCUGCAAGAAGGAGCACGGCCUGGGCCCGCGGGAGAGGGCGCAGACCUCCGGCCGGGAACGCGUCCACCCGGUAGUGAGCAGGCCGAGCCUUCCCGGGACGCCGUGCCAGGACUCCAAUUGCAGCAGUGACAGCUCGUCGUCCUCCGCCUCCUCUACCUCUUUGGCGAGUCCCCAAAAGAGUAACGGCAGCGGCGGAGGAAUCGCAGCCGCCUCCACUGGGAGCAGCGGCAUGAAAGCCGAGGAAAGAACUGGCGGCGGGGCCGGGGAAAACACGUCCUCCUCGCUGGUGGUGCUGAACGGCACCGGGGCGGCAACGCCGGAGAGCCAGCCGCUGCUCUGGCCUGCCUGGGUCUACUGCACCCGGUACUCGGACAGGCCCUCAUCUGGCCCAAGGACACGGAAACUGAAAAAGUCGAAAAGCGGCAAAGAGGACAAGCGGCCGCGCACGGCCUUCACGGCCGAGCAGCUGCAGAGACUGAAGACGGAGUUCCAGGUGAACCGCUACAUCACGGAGCAGCGGCGGCAGUCCUUGGCCCAGGAGCUCAACCUCAACGAGUCCCAGAUCAAGAUCUGGUUCCAGAACAAGCGGGCUAAGAUCAAAAAGGCCAGCGGCUUCAAGAACGGGCUGGCGCUGCAGCUGAUGGCCCAGGGACUGUACAACCAUUCCACCACCACCAUCCAGGAGGACAAGGAGGACAGCGACUGACGAGACCGCUCGCCGCUUCCCUCCACACACACACACACACACACACACACACACACACACACACACACACACACACUCUGUACAUUGUAAAUAUAUAUAAUCUCUAAUUUAACAAUGAGGAUGGGGACGUAGAGCUGAGCGGAUCUUCUUUUGUCAGCAGUUCUCCUCCUCUUCAUCUCCGUCUCCUCCUCUUCGAAAGUGACUGAUACAGCAGGACAGGACAGGACAGGACAGGACAGGACAGGACAGCCUGCAGACUCUUAUCGGACUAACCCGCCACUGCAAAAACCAAAGAUUUUAUUGGAAAACAGAGCCUGGACACUUUUAAAAACAAUAAAGAGAAAAACAUUUACCGUAUUUCUGUGUCCCCUGAGCUCAGAGUGAAAUGGACCCCUCCUCCCCCUCCUCCUCCUCCUCCUCCUCCGCCACCCACAGCCGUAAUAUAAGCCCACAUGCAGCGGGGGCAGUUUCCCUUCAGCUUCUGUAGCUUUGGUUCCGGACGGUGCUGCUGCUGCUGCCGCUGCUGAACUGAACCCACCGGCCCUCCGGCAGCCAGAGACAGCCCAUCGGAUUCAUUGGACUUUUGUUUUUAUUGUUUUUGUAGACCAACGGACUUCUAAGAACUGUAAUAAUAUUUUACACAUUUUACACCCAUGCACACAGUGCCAAAAAGAAAGAACACAGUGAUGACAGGGGGUGAACAGCCUAUAUGUAAAGUCACUUCUGAGCACGAGAACAUACAGUUAAUGCCUCCGGGAUUAUUACAGGAAUAUUAUACAAAUACUAUAAUGUCGGGGCCUUGGCAUUGUGAACACUGAGGCUAUUAUGCUUAUUACUGAGUUUUUUUUUGUUUUUUGUUUUUUAAAUUGGGGAUUUCAACAAAGGAAGUUUAUGUUCUAAAAUUUAAAAAAAAAAAAUAGGCUAUAUGCAAUCUGAAUUAUUGAUGCUGAGUCCAGAUUUGUUUUUAAUGCAAAAUAUUUCCAUUUGGCAAUUUUCAUUUUUAUUUAGCCUACAUUAAAUAAACAAAGGAGUUGGCAUUCUCUCACAAUAGUUUUUGAAACCAAAGAUUUCGACCAUACAGAAAAUAUAAAUGUGAAUAAUUACCAGGGCAAAUAAAACUUGAAAAAAAUCUAAAUAUUUAGAAAAUAAUGUGUUGCAGGAUUUGGAACCGUGAUCUCAUUAUCUCUAAAACCCUGCGUAGGCCUACAGCAGACAUCUAUAUAGCCUAUAGCCUAUAAUACAUACAUACACAUAGUUAUAGUCGAAAUCCACCGAAAGAAACGUUGAAUUCUUCACACUGUCAUAUUCCUAUACAUUCCUGUUUGUGUGCUACUAAAAGCUCGUGAUUUGAUUCUUUAUAAGCCCUAAUGGCAUAUUCAUCAUCAUGUCCUUCUAAUGCUUCUGUUUGGACCCAGAGUGUGUUUGUACUGCUACUUUAAGGGAAUAUUCUAGCAUAUUGCGAGAUUGUUCACUGUGGUGUUUGUAUACUAUCCCUCUGAAAGUGACCAUAUGAUUACUGCAGUUCUCAACAGAUGGGAAAUACGAGGCUCGUGUACUGUAACAUCUCUGUGCGUCGACUCCUCAUGGUGUUGCCUUUUAUUUCGGCAUGGUAAAGCUGCAGAGGCCCGCUGUCCUGCAGACACAGCGAACAGCGUCACUCUAUCUGAGAUAUGUCAGCGAGGGGGAAAUAUAUU